AUGCAUUCAGGUCAAGACAAGAGGUACAAAACUGUUAACGACGAACGAUUUAAUGGCAGCAGUGGGCGAAACAUUCCAGAAUGCCCUAAAUGUACCAAACGUCAUCUCGACGAGUGUCGCGCAAAAGCAUGCUACAAAUGUGGAAAGGAAGGACAUAUCAAACGGAAUUGCCCACUGUGGGGACAGACUGGGAACAAAGCAGAACCCAAGAAAGACGACAAGUAUGUCCCAACCAGAGUUUUUUCCAUCACUCAAGCAGAAGCUGAGGCCAGUCCUUCGGUUGUAUCAGGUCAGAUUCCUAUGGCCAACACCACUUGUAAAGUUUUGUUUGAUUCUGGUGCAACUCAUUCUUUUAUUGCUAGUACAAUUGUUAAUCAUAUAAAUGCACCAAGUGAAUUAUUUACUAUGGGGUUUGGGACCAUGUUACCAUCUGGGGAGGUUGUAAUCUCUAGAAAUUGGCUUAGGGGUAUACCUGUUAGGAUAGAUGGUAGGGAAUUAUUUGUAGACCUGAUUGUAUUAGAUUUAUUUGAUUUUGAUGUAAUCUUGGGCAUGGAUUUUCUUACCAAAUAUGGAGCAUCAAUUGACUGCAAGCAAAAGAAAGUUGUUUUCACACCAGAAGAUGGAGAGACAUUCGAGUUCAGGGGGUAG